AUGUCGAAUCACAUCUGGAACUGCAGCCAGGCGGGGGCUCUGGUGGCGUCCAUGCUGCAAGGAGACCUAAUUGGAUUGGGGAAGGCGCUGUCGUCGGAUAAGAUUGUGGAGCCGAGGAGGGCGCCGUUGAUCCCGGGGAUGGAGGCAGUCAAGAAGGCGGCCAUCGAGGCGGGGGCGUUUGGGUGCACGAUCAGCGGGGCAGGGCCGACUGCGGUGGCGGUCAUUGACAGUGAGGAGAAGAGUAGGGAGAUUGGGGAGAGAAUGGUCGAGGCUUUUUCGAAAGAUGGGAACUUGAAGUCUUUGGCAAUGGUUAAAAAGCUUGAUAGAGUUGGAGCAAGGCUUGUCAGCAGUGUAGCAAGAUGA